CAGGCCGGCCCCGCGGCGCCGCUUCCGGUGCGGGCCCCGCCCCGGCUGUGGCCCCCGGCUGCGGAGAAGUCGGAGACGCAGCUGCUGCGCCGGGGCCUGAGCCGCCGCCUCCUCCCUUCUAGCGAACCGGGAGCGCCCCGCACAGGUAUAGACCCAGUGUGCCUGCUGGGCCGUGCCCAGGUUCAGAGCCAUGCCAAUCUGUGGGUGAAGCUUGAGACAAUAAUGGAGCCACUGCAGCAGCAGCAGCAGCAACAACAACAACAACAGAAGCAACCACAUCUGGCUCCUCUGCAGAUGGAUGCCAGAGAGAAGCAGGGACCACAGAUGAGAGAAGCCCAGUUCCUGUAUUCCCAAAAGCUAGCCACACAGCCGCCUCUUCUUUCUGCCACACCUGGGAGACCUUCUGGCAGCCCUGCCCUGGGUUCCUUAGCCAGAGUUCUACCUGCCACACCAGUGACCCGAGUGUUUGAACGUAGCAACAUGAACUCAGAGCCUGAGGAAGAGGAAGGAUUGGAAGAUGAGGAUGGGGAUGAUGAUGUUGCAGAGGUGGCUGAAAAAGAGGCCCAGGCUGCUUCUAAAUAUUUUCACGUUCAGAAAGCAACUCGCCAAGAGCCCAGAGCAGCACCCAUGUCUAGUCUGCUUCCAGCACCAGGGCUCCCAGCACAGGUACAACAAGCUAAAGAAGACCAUACCAAAGAUGCUUCCAAGGCUCCACCUUCUGUCUCCUCAGCUGGGCAGUCGAGCUGGAAUCUGGAUGAGCAGCUUAAGCAGAAUGGUGGUUCGGUCUGGAGUGAUGAUGCCGAUGGAGGCCGAGGAAGAGAGAUCUCUCGAGAUUUUGCCAAGCUAUAUGAACUGGACAGUGAUCCCGAAAGAAAAGCGUUCCUGGAUGACCUCUUCAUCUUUAUGCAGAAGAGGGGAACCCCCAUCAACCGGAUCCCCAUCAUGGCCAAGCAGAUCCUGGACCUAUACAUGCUGUAUAAACUGGUGACGGAGAAGGGGGGCUUGGUGGAGAUCAUCAACAAGAAGAUCUGGAGGGAGAUCACCAAAGGCCUGAACCUGCCCACGUCCAUCACCAGCGCUGCCUUCACCCUCAGGACCCAGUACAUGAAGUAUCUAUAUGCCUAUGAGUGUGAGAAGAAAGCCUUGAGCUCCCCGGCUGAGCUCCAGGCAGCCAUUGAUGGCAACCGGCGGGAGGGCCGGCGGCCCAGCUACAGCUCCUCCCUCUUUGGCUACUCACCUGCUGCUGCUACUGCUGCUGCUGCCGGGGCCCCUGCCCUUCUCUCACCACCCAAGAUCCGCUUCCCCAUCCUUGGGCUUGGCUCCAGCAGUGGCUCCAGUGCCAGUAGCCCUCGGAUGUCCCCAGCAACCACUCUCAGGAAAGGUGAUGGAGUCCCAGUGACAACAGUGUCGGUGCCAAAUCGCCUGGCUGUGCCUGUGACUAUGGCAGGCCAGCAGGCAGGUACCCGGACUGCCAUGCUGGAGCAGCUACGGGAGCGGCUGGAGUCAGGAGAGCCUCCGGAAAAGAAGGUGUCAAGGCUGUCGGAGGAGGAGCAGCGCCUGGUGCAGCAGGCCUUCCAGCGCAACUUCUUCAGCAUGGCGCGGCAGCUCCCCAUGAAGAUCAGGAUCAACGGCAGGGAAGACAGAGCAGAGGCCUCGGGUGCAGCACUGAACCUGAGCACAAGCAGCAUUGGGAGCAUUAACAUGUCUGUGGACAUUGACGGCACCACCUACACAGGUGUGCUGUUUGCCCAGAAACCCAUGGUCCACCUCAUCACAGGUUCUGCUCCCCAAAGCAUUGGCAGCAGCGCCAGCAGCAGCAGCAGCAGCUCUCACUGCUCACCGAGUCCUACCUCAUCCCGGGGCACUCCCAGCGCAGAGCCCUCCACCAGCUGGUCCCUCUGAUGGGCAGUACCCAGCACCUACUCCCUCCUUUCCUGCAGAGAGUAAAGGGAGGUGAUGCACCGAAGUUACCUCAUCUCACGGAGCCAUGUCAAUGACCGUCUGGCCAGAUGUUUGGAGUUUGGACGUGUCCGUCUGGCCAGGCUCCAUUCAGGUCCUGCUGUACUCUAGGGGCAGGGAGAGGCUGGAGGGGCAGGGCAGAGCAGCGUUGUCCAAUCAGGGAUUGCCCUGGAAAACUGGGCAGGGGUCUGGGUGUCCAACUUCCUCCCAUCCCAGGGCAGUGAAUUGACAAUCUGUAAGCCGACACAGGGCUGGAGGCCCUCCAUUUCCUUUCCCUUUAAUUUAUUUCCCUUCUCCACCUUCUGCCAUCACCCCAUGAUCACCAGUCUCUCUGCCCAGUCCCCCAGUUUUCAAAUCCAAAGUGGGGCUGCUAGGAGCUGAGAGUGUUUUCAUGGCUUCACAUUGCUGAGUGUGGGAGGAAACCCGCCCAGCCCUUCUUGCCUGCUGUUUGAUUCCUGGGGCAUGAGUCCCUCAAAUCCACAUCUUGAAUCAUCCUCAAAGUUCUAGGAAACAGCACUCGAGGGCAGGCUUCUGGUCCAAGGCCUCCGAGCUUCUGAGAGAGAGGCAAGCACAUAGGCUGCCUGGGCCCUGGCACCUGCCUUGCAGGACCCUCUUCUGACUCCCCCCCAAACCUCAGGCUCCCCAUUUCAUUUUGCCCUUGUUGGCCAGCUCUCCCAAGACAGCCACUUGUCCCUGGCCCCUGUCACUGUCUCUUGGGGCCAUCUAAGCCCCACCAGCCCCUGACCUGCUGAUGUCAGGCUCACUGAAAUACCUCAGAUUUGUAAUUGUUGAUGUUUGAGUCUUCAGGAAAUAUUUGCAUCUCUGAAAUCUUUUUUAUAUGUGUUUUGCUGACUUUUGUUUUUUUGUUUUAAAAUCUUUAUUGUUGCUGUUGUAGCACCAAAGAAAUAAGAACAGAUCGCGGUUCAUAGCUAGCCCCUCCAGCCUGCCCAGGCCCCAGCCAGCAGGUGGGGCGACUCAGGGAUCACCAUGGUGGGAGGGCGGGAUGGAGAGACCCCUGCUUGCCGGUGGGUCCUGAAACCAACACCAUUUCUGCUGUCCCUGCCCCAGUUGACAGGGUAGGGCAGGAAGCUCCUCUAGGUCAGCAUUCCCACCUCAGGACACUGGGCCCUAGGUUCUGCACUGUUGGGAGGUUGGGCUACCUGGGGACAAGGAGAUGCUGAGAGCUCUGACUCUCUUGGCCCUGGAGUUGGAGCAGGCCACUCCAAUGUGGCAGAGAGAGGAUUGCACAAGACUCGCUUCUCAACCAAGUGUGCUCUGCACCGUUUUAUAGGACAGCACCUGCAGUGACUCCACAGAUUGUGGUGGUGUCCCCAGCAUGACUCAUUCAAUCCUGUCUAGGACAAGAAAGGGAAACCAAAAGCUUGCACACAGACAUACCUCAGCCUGGUAAGCAGCAGCUCUGCUGACUCUGCCUGCCUUCCCUGCCCCGGCCUCCACCAGCACGUGAGCAUGCAUACGCACACGUUCUCACACACAUAGCCUGUCCAUGGGGUUGACUCUCUUCUGGCCUUGGAAGCCUUACCCACCAGGCAGGCAAGUGCAGGGUGUGGAUGGAGAAGGGCAUCUGGAAUCUGGUGCCAGGGAGGAGCCCAGGUGGCUGGCUCUGGGCCUGCUUGAGUGUCUCACACAUUUGGCCAGUGUCUUUCUCAGGGUUUGGUCAAGAAAGGAUGGGCUUUUCCCACCCAGAGGAUGCAGAAACAGUAUACUGGGUCUUUCUGGUCAAUGGUCCUCCCCCUUUCUCCUGGCAGCUUGCUGAUCUCUCCCUCUGAAUGCCCCUCACUGCCCUCAAGGCCAGAAGCAGUCUCAGCCAGAAAGCAGUGGCGCUAUGGUCCUGGCCUAACCAGAGCUUUCCCUGUAGGUGCAGACCAUGUGAUGGGCAGUUGACCAGGGCACCUCUGUCCCCUCUCCUCUUUCCAUUUUGUAUGUAUUCUAACCAAGAAAAAUGUGAUAGCACAUGGUAGCCUAGGCAGUGAAUAAAUACCUCAGAUGUUCUCUUGCAGCAAGUGUCUUAUGUGUUGUGGUUAUUUUCUAUCGUACAUGUUCUCGAAUGUUUGUAUUUCAAUAAACCUCUACCU